CCCCUGGGAACCAGAGCCCGAGGCCGAGCCGGAGCCGGAGCGCAGGCCUAGGCGAGGGGAGGUGGCGGCGCCGAGGCUCGAUUAGGAGUCGCUGCUGAGGCCGGGCCCAGUCUCCGCCGGUCGACGAGGGAGGACAGGCUGUUCAUCAUGGGUGGCUUUUUCUCAAGCAUUUUUUCCAGUCUGUUUGGAACCCGGGAAAUGAGGAUUUUAAUUUUGGGAUUAGAUGGAGCAGGAAAAACUACAAUUUUGUACAGAUUACAGGUUGGAGAAGUCGUUACUACUAUUCCUACCAUUGGAUUUAAUGUUGAGACGGUAACAUACAAGAACCUAAAAUUCCAAGUCUGGGAUUUAGGAGGACAGACAAGUAUCAGGCCAUACUGGAGAUGUUAUUAUUCAAACACAGAUGCAGUCAUUUAUGUAGUAGACAGUUGUGACCGAGACCGAAUUGGCAUUUCCAAAUCAGAGUUAGUUGCCAUGUUGGAGGAAGAAGAGCUGAGAAAAGCCAUUUUAGUGGUGUUUGCAAAUAAGCAGGACAUGGAACAGGCCAUGACUCCCUCGGAGAUGGCAAAUUCACUUGGGUUACCUGCCUUGAAGGACCGAAAAUGGCAAAUAUUCAAAACUUCAGCAACCAAAGGCACUGGCCUUGAUGAGGCAAUGGAAUGGUUAGUUGAAACAUUAAAGAGCAGACAGUAAUUCAGUCACUUCUGCUCCUUUGAAACGAAGACCACAUCACAUACCCCUUUGGAAACAGUUAAAGUGUGCUUCACACUACUAAAUGUUAAAACCGUAUGAUUAUCAGCAUAUACCAAACUGACUGCAACAUUUGUAAUAAAUAUUAAAAAUAAGUAUUUGGUUGGAAGGGUAACUCAUCGUGAUUGAAUCAACUGAAUGUCUGUUCUGUAUAAUGUAAAAUAUUCCUUCCUUGUUAUCUUUUGUUAAGGUAUAUAUUCUAUUUGUGUGGAAUUCUUAUUCAG